UAGUUUUGUGGGCUGGGCUGCAGAUACAGGGUCUGGCAAAUGGGCCUUUACUACUUUUCUUUUAUAAAUAAUUUAUUUAUUAAAAUUUAAUUAUAACUCGAUCUUGUCCUAGUAGUAUGAUAGAGCACUGUAAGAGGUAAAGAUGCUUCCAUGGAGAUGGAGUCCUUGUACCCAGAUGCUUUUCAGCCACAAUACCAGCUCCAGGAGCAUGAUCAAGAAUAGCACUGCCACUGCCUCAUCCUCAUUGUGCUGCUCUCUCAAUCAAGGAGCUGCUGGAGAAAAUCUCCCUCCAGAGCAACAAUUACAGAGUCAGCAGAGCAACGGAUUCUGGAGGAAAUGGGAGGCUAAUUCUGCUGAAAUGAGUUCAAAACUUGCAAAGCUUGGGCUUGCAGCUGUACUUGCGUGUGGGUUGUUUGAUGCCAUCACCUAUACCACUAUCUUUGUGCUUGCUUUCCUUGGGUAUGAAAAGAGCACAGAAAAGAAUCCUGCCGCCAAUCUCCAAGCACUUUUAGGGAUUGUAAUUUUGAUGUGGACUGGGAAAAACAUCACCAGGCCGUUUCGAGUAGCUGGAGCUGCAGCCUUAGCACCACUUAUCGACAGGGGAAUGAAGCAGAUUCAAAACUAUUUCAGGUUUCCAAAUCUUGCGUAUGCAUUUGUGCUUGUCGUUUCAGUAGUAGCUGCUUCAUGUCUGACAAUUGUUGGCUUGCUUAUCCUUUCUCGAUGGGGAAGGUGAGACUAAAUAAGCUGUUUUGCUUCCACUUGGAAUUCUCUCUAAAUCAACUAGUACAACAGAGCAGCACACGUAGUUUUUCUUUUUAUUUUUAUUUUUUUCCCCUAAAUGAAGAUAGACGAGAGAACAAGAAAUGACUUCAAAGAAAAUUGUAGCCUACAAUCAUGCGCGUAAUAUGAUGCAACUGCGAAUUGCUUGAAAAUCA